AAAUCACAUGACGAUGACGUCACGCGGAAUGCGGACCACAAAUGCAUAAUUGUCAGAAAUAACUGACCCGAAAACAAAGUGACAGAGCCCGAGGGAGCAUGCCUCGUCUUCUCUGCUGCUGCUGCUGCGUCCCCAGGCAAAACUCCGGGCACGACGAGAGGCAGCCUCUCCUGCAGCCCAGGACAUCUGAUCCAAAUGAAGCUGGAUCAGCCAGACAGAUCCCACCAGCAUGCAGUGCUCAGACCGUCAGGCGGAUUGCCAGUAUGGUGAUGAGGCGAGUGGGCGUGCCAGAGUUGGACCAGAGGUUUUCCGACGUGGCCGAGACCUUUAACGAACAGCAGCAGAAUUAUGAGGCCAUGGUCCGACACAUCAGCAGCCUGCGACAGAUCUGUGACUGUGGCCAAAGUGAUACCCUGGUUUUUGCUGAAUGUGUGGGGAAGAUCAGAGAGCAGCACCACGCCACAUACAAAGUCUUCCUUAAGAUGAACGGCUAUGACUUCUCCCUCAGUGUGGUCGCCGACAGCAAUCGCGAAGAGGAGCCACUGCCUCCACGUCUGAAGUUGGCUCAGGAUGAGCUGAGGGGAACCUCUGAGAGCGCCAGAGCCACCAUCUCAAGGGGCACCACCCUACAAGAGUUGUUUGCCUGGCUUCUCCGCAGCAGGGAUCAAAUGGCAGAGCAAGUGAAGGGGGCAGCCCCAUCUUACCAGGAGCAAGGGAGACUGAGUGAGAACCUGGAGGAGAACAUGAGGGAAGUGAGGAGGGCGAAGGAGUUGUCAGUGGGAUACAGACAACGAGCCGGAGAAGUCCUCACCGAGGCUGCACAGAUUGCAGGGGCUAAUUUGUAGUUUAUGCACAUUUAAAAUGAUUUAAAUUAAUCCACUUAUUAUAUUUUAUGUAUUUGAUAUCUUUAUAAAGAUUAUACACACGCUGUAACACUCAUGGGUGGAAACACAGUGUCACACAGAAAGGUAACUGCUGUAGCUCAGACAAAAACGAUCUUCUUCAAUCGCAAUCACAGGAACAGUCUGAGAAUAUUUAAAUUGCACAUGGUUUCCAAAUAUCAGUAAUCAGUAUUUCUACCCUGACAACGGCAGCAACAUCAGGAAUGUUAAAAAUGAGACACAUAAGGAACUAAAAACACAGAAAACAUCAAGCAUGUAUUGGCACUCAAGAUUAAAAUACUAUUCAUCUA